CGAGAGCUGUAACCCGCAGGGGCUCCCCUUGCCGCCGCCGGGGAGCCUCUCGGCUGACCCCGACGGUGGUAAGGGCGCGGGCAAACUCCGUUCUGCCGGGCUUCCCCCGCCGCCCUCCCGGGACACUGCCGGCACGGGAACUGAGGCGUGAGGCUCCAUAAGUGCCCCCAAGUGGGUUCAAUUUCUGUCCUCAACAAAAGAUAUCUACAGAAAUGCAGGAAUGCCUGUCCUAGAAAAAAACAUGCAGAAGAAAGAGAAAGAUACAUGCAGUAAAGAUGAGACAGCAGUGCCAAAACUUCCAGUCCCACCACUGCAACAGACCUUAGGCAUGUACCUAAAGUGUACAAAACACUUGGUGCCAGAGGAGCAAUUUAGAAAGACCAAGGUCAUUGUGGAACAGUUUGGAAUUGCAGGAGGCCUGGGGGAAUCCUUGCAGCAAAUCCUCGAGGAAAGAAGGGAAAAGACAACGAACUGGGUGUUUAACUACUGGCUGGAUGACAUGUACCUCAACAACCGGCUUGCUCUUCCAGUCAAUUCCAGCCCAGCAAUUAUCUUUGCUCGUCAGUAUUUCAAGGAUGUAAAUGACCAGCUGAGGUUUGCUGCCAAUCUCAUUUCAGGAGUGCAAGACUAUAAAGCUUUACUGGACACCCAUGCUUUACCUGUUGAUUUUGCUCGUGGACAGCUGUCUGGUCAUCCUCUCUGUAUGAAGCAAUACUAUGGACUCUUUUCUUCCUAUCGUCUUCCAGGACAUACCAAAGAUACCCUCGUGGCCCAGAAAAGCAGUGUAAUGCCAGAACCAGAACACAUCAUUGUUGCUUGUAACAAUCAGUUUUUUGUUUUGGAUGUUGUCAUUAAUUUCCGUCGUCUCAGUGAGGGAGAUCUUUUCACUCAGUUACGAAAGAUAGCCAAAAUGGCAGAGAAUGAAGAGGAAAUGCUGCCUCCAAUUGGCCUGCUGACAACAGACGGAAGAACAGAGUGGGCAGAGGCCAGGACGAUCCUUAUGAAAGACUCUACUAACCGCGACUCUCUUGACAUGAUUGAACGGUGCAUAUGCCUGGUGUGCCUGGACAGCCCAAGCGGGGUGGAACUCAAUGAUACAAACAUGGCAUUGCAACUGCUACAUGGGGGAGGCUACCAUAAAAACGGGGCCAAUCGUUGGUAUGACAAACCUAUGCAGUUUGUGGUAGGAAGAGACGGAGUCUGCGGUACCGUGUGUGAACAUUCCCCUUUCGAUGGCAUCGUACUGGUGCAGUGCACUGAACACUUGCUCAAGCACAUGAAAGAAAGCUCCAAGAAAUUAGUCCGAGCUGAUUCAGUGAGUGAGCUUCCUGCUCCACGGAGACUAAGAUGGAAAUGUUCCCCUGAAAUUCAGGCACAUUUGGCAUCAUCAGCAGAAAAACUCCAAAGGAUAGUAAAAAAUCUGGACUUUAUUGCCUACAAGUUUGAGAACUAUGGAAAGGAAUUUAUUAAGAAACAAAAGAUUAGCCCAGAUGCCUACAUUCAAGUAGCACUUCAGCUGGCAUUUUACAGAUGCCACAGGAGACUUGUCCCUACCUAUGAAAGUGCUUCCAUACGCCGAUUUGAUGAGGGCAGAGUCGACAAUAUUAGGUCUGCUACCUUGGAAGCAUUUGCUUUUGUGAAAGCAAUGACUGAUGACAAGACAGCUCUAUCGGAGUCUGAGAAGAUGCAGAGAUUUAAGGAUGCAAUUGCAGCACAGACUAAUUACACUAUUCUGGCUAUUACUGGAAUGGCAAUAGACAAUCAUCUGCUAGGGCUCAGAGAGGUGGCACGGGAACACUUCAAGGAACUGCCAGAGAUAUUUACAGAUGAGACAUAUUUGACAAGCAAUCGAUUCAUCCUCUCAACCAGCCAGGUUCCAACUACUAUGGAAAUGUUCUGCUGCUACGGGCCUGUGGUGCCCAAUGGUUAUGGGGCAUGUUACAACCCUCAGCCAGAGCAUAUAUUAUUCUGCAUUUCAAGCUUUAAAGACUGUAAAGAAACCUCCUCAGACAUGUUUGCAAAAGCUGUGGAAGAAAGUCUCCUAGACAUAAGAGAUCUGUGCAGCAAAUGCAACUCUACUAUGGCAAAGCCACUUGCUAAACAAGAAGCAGACACGCAGCCGCAGAGUGACCGCAAACUCUAAGAGGCUGUGGGAAUUAUUCUCCUGAAUUCACCUUAUGAAGAAACAAUGACAUAGUUGUUCAAAGGCAAGAUAGUACUAGUAAUACAUAGCGUAGAUCCAAAACGUCAUUUGUUUUACAUUGUUGCCAACAUUUAAAAACCUGUAAGUACUAAAUCUACCAUUUCUUGCUUGAGAGUCACCAAAAAAGGUUUGGUCUCAUUGUCUUAAAUGAAGGAGGAACUAACAGGAGUAUGUGUUGUACUACCAUUUCUAACCAUAAUUAUCUUAUGCCAUUUUAUCACCUGAGAAAUUGAGUAAGAUAUUAUAUGACAUAAUUUAAAUACCAAGGCACACCAAUUAAUUAAUAUUCCCCGUAAGUAGAUCUAAAAUAUUCACAUCUGUUCCUGCAAGAUUUGCAUGGAAAGAAAAAAAAAGAAAUUUCCCCUAUCGGGAAUGUUGAGAGUAACAUUGUAAAUAAUAGGCUGAUGUCAUUAAAUCUUGAAAAUUUGCAUGAAGAGUAUUUAAAACCACCAUGCUAUUUCCUACAUAAGAAAAGCAGAUUAUUUUUAAGAGUGGCUGCUGUGUAUUUCCACAGACAGAGUUUAGGAAGAUUACACUAGUGUUUGCAUGUUCCCCCAAUUAAAAAAUGCUGCAGAAAUAAUUUAGCCUUUAUUAUGGUUUGCACUGGCCUCAAGCACAGUCCCAUUCUGAAAGCAGCAUGUUGGAGAUAAGAUCCAUCACAGACAACUGGGAGAAUUUUGUCCGUAAUUAAUUGACUUAAUUAUUUCUUUCUAUCAGUGAACAAAAUCCAGUCUGACAGAGAGGCAAAGCACAAAGCAUAAGUGCAAUUCAAUCCUACUUAAGACCUUUUGUGUUUGCACAGGAAUGAAUUUAGUCACUGUGACUAGCAGGAGAGUGUAUGCAACCACACAAAAUCAGAAAGCAAUAAAUAACUAGAAUGAAGGGCCAAACUUGCAAUAUAAGGAAGCCUCCAAGCUAAGGCUAUAAAUACCAGUUUAAGAGUAGUGGUAGUCAUAUCAGCUUUGCAUCAUCCCACUUGGGACAGAUUUUUUAAUAGUAGAUAUAGGGUAUCGUAUUCUGCAAUAUACAGUAAAUUCAAUCAGGAAAAUAAUAUAGUAUCUGGUAAUUCUCAUAUUCUGUGAGUGUUAUCCUGAAGGUUUUCUCAUUGUCUCUUUCAUCUCCUACAAAUCCCUCCAAGGACUGAUAUUUUCAGUUACCUUCUCUCGAGCUGAAAUAUGUUGCCUUGCUUAGAGGUGUUCAGUCAUCACUGUUAGAAUACAACUUACUGACUAAAGACACUUACUAACUCCAGUGCAGAUCCUUUGCUAGGCAAGCUGGAGCACACUCGGAAGCCUGGCCAGGGAUUGCUUACUUGCCUGUGGAGAAGCAGAAACAUUUCUUCUUCCUUUGUAGACUGAACAAUAACAUGCUUAAGCACACUCAAGCCUAAAAGCAGGAGAAUAGAUUUAUUACAAUAAACUAGAAGCGCAGAUAGGUUUCUAAGAACUCUAGAUACAGAUUCAGUAGAUUAUAUAUGUCCAUGCUUAUUUUACUGCCUCUUUGGAGUUGCAUACAUGCAAUUAAGCAGUCUGCUGGAUAAAGGCUAUCCACAACCCCAUAUAUGAAAGCACAGUGGGCCUGAUAACCAAUUGGAGCAACUCAGCUAUGUUGGAGCAAAUCAACUAUGAUGAUUUACAAUGAUUGAGAGCUGGGCUCAUUUUUUAAAAGUUAAUGUGCUCAUUUAAAAAUACCUAUGUUUCAUUACUCCAUGAGCUGUGGUUCAAACCAAAGAUGAAAUCUAUUUUUAGAAUAUAUAAAUAAUAUUAUGGCAUAAAAGCUGCCCCAAAGUUAAAAUGUAAAAAAAAAUAAAAAUUUAAAAAAAAAAUCAAGAAAACUGUUAGUUAAACCAAAUGUUCACUUAAUGAAUAUACUGUUCAAAAUGUGGCUUUAAAUCGUUCCUGUACUAUAAUUACAAGAAUUAUUUGAAACAUUCCCAAUAAUUUUUUGUUCUGUCUCAUAUCACUACAAAGGCAUUCUGCAUUUUUAACAUAAACGUAGCACUACAAUCUCAAGAUUUUUUCAUAGAAUUGUAUAUGUAAAAUUAUAACCA